AUGCCGACCGAUUUACCCGUUGAUAUGUUAAGCAGAUCUUUGUCGGAGAUUGUUUUUAGAAGAAAAAAUAAUGCUUUAUUUAAAAAAUUAGCGCGAAAAACUCACUUUAACUUGAAAGAAGUCGAAGCGUUAGCUGUUAUACAUAGGAAAAUAACGCAAACUUUGGGUCCCAUGACAAGAUCGGUGUUUAGAGACGUUCUACAUUCUGGUUUGGAUUUUACUGAAAAUAUUCGACACCUAUACAUUGAUAGAAUUUUCGCUAUGUUUGACAAGAGAAACGUCUUACAAAUUCAUGUGGAACAAUGGAUUGAAGGACUUUCUAUAUUUCUUCGAGGCACUCUGAACGAGAGAGUACACUUCGUUUUUAAUAUAUACGAUUUCUGGCAUACCAACAAAUUAAAGAAGGAGCAUAUAUUUCUGUCAAUGCGCGGUUGCCUAAUUAAACUACAGACAGACGAAGAUCCCGAUGAUGGUGUCAAGGAUUUGAUUGAUUCGCUGUUGAAAAAAGUCGACAUUGAUCGCGACGGUGUAAUAUCCGAGGAGGAAUUUCACAGAUCCAUAAAAGAAAGAUAUCCACUGCUGCUAGAAUGUAUGGGACCAGUGUUUCCAUCUAGAGUAGCACGACGAGCAUUCCUGAGCACAUUUACGGAUCGCCUUGGACGAUUUUGA